UGACUGUACAGAGAUGGUAAACCCUAGGCAAACCGGUAACACACCGACAGAGUCGAUGAGACGUCAACGGCCGCUGGGCAAACUCGGACUAAAGCGACUAGAAUAAAAUACACAUUUUCGACUCGGCAGCGGAUAUUCAUCUAUAAACUUCAUAUGUGAGUGUAUGUCUUUAUAUUAUAGGAGACUGGCACUUUAGAAGACACUGCGAAUGGUUCGAGGCUCCUGACAAACUCUGUUUCGCGACGGCUGUUAAAAAUACUUUUCUCCAGAGUCUUUUGGAUUGUCAGCUGGUAGCAAUCACGGAUCUACGACAAACUGUAGGAGACACGGUUGGGAUUUCGUGCCUUUUGGUUGACUGACUUGUUACUGGCUGGGUGGAGCUCCGAGCAGAGCAGAACCUCCGAGCGGCCCGCUUCAGCUCCCGCGGUAGGAGCCGGGUGUAAUUCGGGACAUUCAGCGGCUUUAAACAAACACCAUUUGGCCGGUAUUUGAUCCCCUGGAGCCGGCUAUAAUCCGGGCAGAGACCCCAUGAAUGGAAAUCGGAACUACAGGAGCCGUUGGGGCUGCGCCCCUGUUCUCCGUACCUCGGAGGCCAGGCUAUGGCACCAUGGGGAAGCCCAUCAAGCUGCUGGCCAACUGCUUCCAGGUGGACAUCCCCAAAAUGGAUGUCUACCUGUACGAUGUGGACAUCAAGCCCGAAAAGUGCCCACGUCGUGUUAACAGGGAGGUGGUGAAUUCCAUGGUGCAGCACUUUAAGGUGACAAUCUUUGGGGACAGAAGACCAGUGUAUGAUGGCAAGAAAAGCCUCUACACCGCCCAACCGUUACCAGUGGCCACAGCGGGGGUGGACUUGGAUGUGACCUUGCCAGGUGAAGGUGGGAAGGACAGGCUGUUCAAGGUCACCAUUAAGUUUGUGUCACUGGUCAGUUGGCAUUUGCUGCAUGAGGUCCUGACUGGGCGGAGCACAUCUGAUCCUCUGAACCUGGAUAAGCCAAUCAGCACCAAUCCCGUACACGCUGUAGAUGUUGUUUUGCGCCAUCUGCCAUCUAUGAGGUACACUCCGGUGGGACGAUCUUUUUUCUCCUCCCCUGAGGGCUAUGAUCACCCACUGGGUGGGGGGAGGGAGGUGUGGUUUGGCUUUCACCAGUCAGUGCGACCAGCUAUGUGGAAGAUGAUGUUAAACAUUGAUGUGUCUGCUACUGCAUUCUACAAAGCUCAGCCUGUCAUUCAGUUCAUGUGUGAGGUUUUGGAUAUCCACAACAUCGAUGAGCAGCCUCGACCUCUUACUGAUUCCCAUAGAGUCAAAUUCACCAAAGAAAUCAAAGGUCUAAAGGUGGAGGUCACCCACUGUGGCACCAUGCGGAGGAAGUACAGGGUGUGUAAUGUUACUCGUCGACCAGCAAGCCACCAGACGUUUCCUUUACAGUUGGAAAAUGGUCACACCGUGGAGAGAACAGUGGCACAAUACUUCAGGGAAAAGUACAACUUGCAGCUCAAGUAUCCCCAUCUGCCCUGCCUACAAGUGGGGCAGGAGCAGAAACACACAUACCUGCCUUUGGAGGUGUGCAACAUUGUGGCAGGCCAACGCUGCAUUAAAAAAUUAACAGACAACCAAACCUCCACCAUGAUCAAAGCCACAGCCCGCUCAGCACCGGACAGACAAGAGGAGAUCAGCAGACUGGUGCGCAGUGCCAACUACAACUCGGACCCCUUUGUGCAGGAGUUCCAGUUCCGUGUGCGGGAUGAGAUGGCGGAGGUGACGGGUCGUGUCCUGCCCGCCCCUAUGCUGCAGUAUGGCGGCAGGGUGAGCUCUGAACAAUUUAUGAAUCGUACAGUGGCCACCCCAAGUCAUGGUGUGUGGGACAUGAGAGGCAAGCAGUUUCAUACUGGUGUGGAGAUCAAGAUGUGGGCCAUUGCUUGCUUUGCCACUCAGAGACAAUGCAGAGAGGAAGUUCUCAAGGGGUUUACAGACCAGCUGCGGAAGAUUUCUAAGGAUGCAGGGAUGCCCAUACAGGGCCAGCCAUGUUUUUGCAAAUAUGCUCAGGGAGCAGAUAAUGUGGAGCCCAUGUUCCGCCACCUGAAAAACACCUAUGCUGGCCUCCAACUCAUCAUCGUCAUAUUGCCUGGGAAAACUCCUGUCUACGCGGAAGUGAAACGGGUUGGAGACACUCUUCUGGGAAUGGCCACUCAGUGCGUUCAGGUGAAGAAUGUGGUCAAAACCUCCCCUCAGACCCUCUCCAACCUCUGUCUCAAGAUCAACGUCAAACUGGGUGGCAUCAACAAUAUACUGGUACCCCAUCAGCGCCCAUCUGUGUUCCAGCAGCCUGUUAUUUUUCUGGGAGCUGAUGUCACUCAUCCACCCGCAGGAGACAGCAAGAAACCCUCCAUUGCAGCUGUGGUGGGCAGCAUGGAUGCUCACCCCAGCAGGUACUGUGCCACCGUCCGUGUCCAGAGGCCCAGACAGGAGGUGAUUCAGGACCUGGCAUCCAUGGUGCGAGAGCUGCUCAUUCAGUUCUACAAGUCCACCCACUACAAACCCACCAGAAUCAUCUUCUACAGGGAUGGUGUGUCUGAGGGACAGUUCAGACAGGUGCUGUACUACGAGUUGCUGGCCAUACGUGAAGCUUGUAUCAGCCUUGAGAAGGAUUAUCAACCGGGAAUUACCUACAUCGUCGUACAGAAACGCCACCACACUCGCCUGUUCUGCGCUGACAACGCUGAGAGGGUGGGCCGCAGUGGUAACAUACCAGCAGGUACCACAGUGGACACUGAUAUCACCCAUCCAUAUGAAUUUGACUUUUAUCUGUGCAGCCAUGCUGGAAUACAGGGUACAAGCCGACCAUCACACUACCACGUGCUGUGGGAUGACAACUGCUUUACAGCCGAUGAGUUCCAGCUAUUGACCUACCAGUUAUGCCACACAUAUGUACGCUGUACCCGCUCCGUUUCAAUCCCUGCGCCUGCCUACUAUGCCCACUUAGUGGCCUUUAGAGCCCGCUACCAUUUAGUGGAUAAAGAGCACGACAGUGCGGAGGGCAGUCACGUGUCGGGCCAGAGUAAUGGCCGAGAACCCCAGGCCCUGGCCAAAGCUGUGCAGAUCCAUCAUGACACCCUGAGGACCAUGUACUUUGCUUAGCCCAGUCACCACAGACCUGUCAGUCUCUGGUCAUCAUGCACUUAGUGGAGGAGGCCUUCUCCCAAUCACAGGCUGCUAAAGAGAACCAAAUGUAGAACUUACAGGAGGAACCUGCACUGUAAUGAAAUAGAAAAACAGCCAAUCUUUCCAGUAUGCUUAGCUCACUGAUUGUUUUUAAUAUGUAGAUUGCAGCUAUACCAUUAUUUAUUAGAUUCAUAGAUCUGUAUAACUUUUAAUUUUAGAUCACAAAACCAAGCUUAAAAAGGUUUGCUUCAUCAGCUCGUUCUAGAUCACCAAUGAGGCAUUAUGUCUUCAGGACCAGAUUGAUGAGCCCUACUUGUCUGGAUUUGUCCUUCUACACAGUUUUGUUUCACAACUAAUCAUACACGCAUGAAGUUGGGCAUCAGCAUCGUCAGGUUCAGUUGAGAAUGACAGGCAGGUGUGUUCAAAUGGAGUUAAAACUUAUCUUAGGAACCACUUUUGGUUUAGGAUUAGUAUUUUAUUAGGUUUGGUGAAGUCGGUCGUUGGAGGAAUGCCACUAGAGGGCAGUGCAAAGUUUGCUAUGACAUCUUACGCUAAUCUGUGACCAUUCUUGAUGUUUUACUAGUAACUUAACAGAAAAUUAUGUUUUUCAAGCUAAUUGUAAUCUAGCAUCAGCAAAAAAAAAACAAGACAAAUGAAAUGUCAUUCCAUUUUGUUCCAACCAAUUGGAAAUCCAUAUUUGUCCCCCUACUUCUCAUUUUCCAUGUGUCCAUGUCUUAUUCUGCUUUUUGGACAUUGGAGGUACCACUUUUCUUCCAAUUCCACAGUCUUUCAAAUGAUUCUAUAUACCUCUGUGAUACAUUAACUUUCUAGUCCAUGCGCUGUCUGGAAAAUAUUGCACCUACCAUUGAACCAUUAGUUCCUUGUGGUUCCUGACGGCUUUCUCCUUGGCCCGCUCAUUAAGCAGAGGUGACAGAUUAGCUAAGAACUGCAGAAUCACCAAAAGAUGAACUUUGAAACUCAAGGGUUGGCAAAAAGUUUCCACAGUCAACUUUUAUGUGUGUUGAAUGCUUUGCGCCUCAUUCAGUUUGUGUGCGCUUACAAGGCAAGCGUUCAAAUCAGUCAGAGCGUGACCAUAACACAUUUGAUGGAUGUGUGUGCACAUAUAAUUCCACCCAAGGCUACUCAGAUGCCUACGUCAUCCAUUAAUAUUAACUUUACAGCUGUUAGACAUUUUAUUCUCAUUUAUGAUAUUUGAGCUUAUUUAUAAUGUUGCUAUUAACUUGCUUUGUCAAUUGCUUAUCUGUAAAUUAUCUAUUUAACUUAACAGUUUGUUAAUUUAGCGUUUUAGCCCUGUGAACUCUGACAAACACUGUCCCAUAAGCCUUUUAGUGCAAUAAGCCAAUUAUUGACAGCUCUGUCGUAGACUUUCAUUAUAGAAUGCAGACCAUAGCUUAUGAGCGAAUGCUUUGGUUUUAUAUACACUAGAUGUGUUGUAUGUGGCAUUGUGUAAGAGAACUUGAAUUGAAAUGGAUUGUGUGUUUUAUGGCUGGAGUGCUGGGUUGAGUUUACAGAGGAGAUGGUUACUCUCAUGGGUAUGUUUUAUGGGAAAGACUCAGUUUGCUGUCAGGAAAUCCUGGUAAAACCUUUCAUGUAAAAAGUCAAAUGAGACAAAGUGCCUGUUUUAUAGGAAAUAUCCCUAAAACACGAUUCUAUUGGGGUACAUCUUAAAUGUGGCAUGUACAUAUGUUGGACAGAUAUUUAGCUAUUGAAACUGUUGUUAUUAAGGUAUUUUUUUGUUUUUAAGGGCCAUUUGAAUAGUUGAACUAGUAUAGAACUGACUAAACCAAGACCUAGGUCAUUUUCUUUUGAACUUUUAAACUUUUGAAUUUUCUUUUGAACUUUUAGACAUUCUUUUGAACUUUGUUUUAAACAUUUGGACAUUUUGAGUUUUUAAAUUUUCUUUUGAACUUUCAAACCCUUUUCUUCAAACCCCUGCUUGUUCAUAGCCCCUGUAUAUUCAACUGCAUUCCACACAGACCAAACCAAAGUGCCUCAGAAAUUGAAUACUGAGUAAAGGCAUUUGGAUUAUAGUAGGGGUAGGUGGAGGGUUAUAUUUGUUGACUCCGUGGCCUCCGGCACACUUUACCAUCGGCCUUAAUGUGAAUGGCACUGUGGUCUUUCUGCUCUAUAGCCACAAAUACGUGUUGACCAGUGUAGCUGCUAUUUUACAUAAACUACAUCUGCUUUUAUAUGUGGAGAGGGCAAGAGAGUUUCUGAGAAAUGACUGACAAAUAUAUUGCUGCACUUAAACAAAAAACUGUACGGUCUCAGAUUUGGCGAGACUCCCAAGGUGCUAAGAGGUGUGGUGCUGUAAUUCGGGGAUGUUAACUACGCUAAUCUGUCUAACUCUGCAUUCACUUUUCACCAGGUGAAAAAAAAAAGUAGAUUUUUAGAGCCUUGUUUGGAAUUUUUUCAGGAUGUGAUUUUUGGUUAGCUUGCUAACUUCUUAGAAAAAUUGUGUUGGUGAAUUACCAAACCCACAUAACGUGGUGAUAUAUUCAGACAGCUGAAAUAAAAUGUCGGUUUCAGCAAGUUAACUGUAGUUUAGCUCUGUAAACAAAAAAACCUUGCGCAAAUGUCAAAUGGCUUCGGUGCUCUUUUUUUUUUUUUUUUUUUUUGAUGUUUUGAGAACUGUUACUUCUCUGCCGCUACCAGCAUUUGAACUUACUUGAAUAAGGGGAGUGAUCAGUAGAACCUGCACCCAUAUGCACGUUUGGCUUUAGAUGACCGCAUAUAGAGCCUUCUGAAGUUGCCACGGAAUAAAUCGCUAUAAAAAAGUCCUGUAGGUGGGGGAUUGCGUAGGGGUGGGGGCUUUGUUUAGUUGGUGGGUGUGGCUUAAAUGACACCUCCCACUAAAACUGUGACGUAACACUCUCCACCCCUUGGUUUAAAGCUGGACUGUGGAUACCUUAAAGCAUUUUUAAUUCAGAGAAGUAUAUUAGUAUAUUUUUAAAUAAUGGAACUUCAUAAUUCACAUUAAUUAUUUUUGCUAACAAAGUCUAUGAAAGAUAAGCAAAAGAUGAUAAUAGUGAUGUCAAUCAUCAUAGUGACUAAUAAUUGGGCUAAUAUGCAAUAGACUAUUGACUAGUAGAUUCGUCUCGUCUUGUUUUUUUUAAAUGAAAGUCGUUCGUGAGUGUCUCUGCAUUGUCCUACGGUAUUUAUGAGUGAAAUAGUUUAGUUCACAAAGGGAUGAAGCUUCAGUCCUCUCACGCUAUUACUUCUAUUGACUUAAACAUGAAGGUACUGCCUCAAACAUUUCCAUUUAGUUGAUUAAACAAGGAUGAUUCACACAAAAGCACAAGCAUCCUCUUGAACUCGAUAUAAUAAUAGUGUCUGAGCUGAAGUGAUUCAUUGUUUUCUUCAAGCUUAGAGUAUUUGCUGCUUGAUGUUAUUUUUCUGGCUUUGCUGAGGUGAAGAUUCAUCCUUUGGGCAGACGAGUUAGUGGAAUGUGCCUUUUCUGUUGGUGCUGUUCUUAAACAGAUAAAAUACAACAUUUGUAAGGGCCCAACUAGCCUAUAUUGAAGUUAUAUUGAUAUGAUAUGCUGUAUACUGUGUGUUCAAGAGUGUUAAAACUGUAUGUGUGGGUGUGAUUUGUGCCUCUUUAUUCGCCAAGAACACAUUAGAUCACAGAGCUUGCCAGUUAUAGGGUCUCAGGACCAAACUUUCUAUAAGGGUUAUAGCUACUUUUUGUAAGGAUUUGGCACUGCACAACUAAUAGAUCAAGCACUGACCAGGCGAGCUAUACCGUAAAGAGCCUGGAAACUUAUCCCAAGCAUCGUUUUCUCAUUAUUAUUAUUUUUUAUUAUUAUUAUUAUUUGUCUUCAAACCAUUUUUAACAACCAAGACAAAUCUGUGUUCUCUAUGUUAUGAAAUAGCAAUAAUGAAAUUAGUUAUGUCACUAAUAUUUGGCCUAAAUUCCAUUUUAGACAACUUUUCAUAAAUGAACUUCACAGAUCCAACUGUUACCUUUAUUAACAUGAUGAUUGGUGAUGAUAAAAUGAGGAUCUCUAUAUCUGUGAUUAAAGACAGCACAUUAUGUUUCAGAUUUAUCAUACUAUGCAAGUUUCUCAUCUUGAAGGAGCUUCAUAAGAUUCUUUCAGCACUCUUUCCAUUGUGAUGCAACACAAUGAUAUAAUGGUUUAGUUCAAGUGUGAUGAAAUAAUAUUAAAGAAUUGAUAACAGAUUUGUCCGGUUUUGAAACCGUCUUGUCCAGUCUUUUGUUUUAUCUCCACCUUUCUAAUUGUGGACUUUCAUUGUUUGUUCUAUUUAAUUGUCGAUAUUUUAAUUAAAACUGUAUGUAUGCAAACUUUGAUGGAUAUGUCUUUUUGAACUGUUUGUCUUUCACAAAAAUUAUACAUCUGAAUAAAUAUUGAAUGUA